GUGUGUGUUUGCUUUAUUCCAAUUCGGGGACAGUUAGGUGAAGAUAGAAACUAAGGGUGGAGAGGAAUUUCCAGGAAACGAAAGCGAAAGAGACAUUAACUCAAAGCAAAUUCUGAGCAGCUUUGGGCAACCCGGCAGUCGUGGUUCCUGACCAGCCAGGAUGGCAGCAUCCGGCCCGUUCCCGCUACUGGUCGAGGGGUCUUGGGGCCCCGACCCCCCAAAGACCUUGAUCAACAAGUUGCAAAUGUACUUCCAGAGCCGGAAGAAGUCCGGCGGAGGGGAGUGCGAGGUCGUUCCACAGCCAGGGAGCCCGGCGUCCUUCCUAGUGCUCUUCUCCCCGGAGGACGUUCGUCAGAAUGUUCUGGAGAAAGAAAAUCAUGAGUUAGUGUGGCAAGGAAAAGGGACAUUCAAAUUAACUGUCCGGUUGCCCGAAGACCCAGAUAAAGCCUCAGUCUCUAAGGAGGCAGUUCCAGAAACGGAAUCCAAGAUAAAAAAAGAUGCUGCAAAGACAGAUGAUUUGCAUAUAACAGAUUCUCCCAGUGACAGAUCAGAAAAAAUGGAAGAUGUACCCACAGAAUGUGAAAAUAUUUCCUCCAUGGUGGCAUUUGAAAAUCUGCCGGAGAAAGUGAGUGACAUAGUGCUGACCAUCCUAGUGGAGAAUAUAAGUGGCCUCCCCAGUGAUGACUUUAAAGUGGAAGUGAUCCGAGAUUUUGGCGUGGCUGUGGUUACCUUUCAGAAGCCUAUAGAUACCAAAAAAUUUAUUACUGAUUGUAUCAGUCACCAUACAAACCGACAACUUCAGCUUGUCCCAAAACUUCUGGAAACAACAAAUGUAGUUAGGGUGGAAAACCUGCCUCCUGGGGUAGAUGACUUCCAGCUGCAGCUCUACUUUGAAAACCCUUUCAACGGGGGUGGGAGAGUCGCCCAUGUUGAAUGUUUCCCGGAAGAGAGUUCAGCGCUGGUUGAGUUUUUGGACAGCAAAGUGUUAGACACCAUUAUGGCCAAGAAACACAGCUUCAACAAGAUGCCACUCUCUGUCUUCCCCUAUUAUCCCUCUCUGGGCACAGCUUUAUAUGGAGAGGAGAAGCCAUUGGUCAAGCUCCCAGCAUCUUUCCAAGAGUCACUGGGUCUUCCUUUGUGGAAGUUCUUUCAAAAGAAUAAUCAUCUCAUCGAGGAGAUAAAUGACAAAAUGAGACACUGUCACUGUGAGCUAAUGUGGUCUGAAAUCAAUGGCACAUUGACCAUCAGACCUGCUGCCACCUUAGCCAAUCAUAGACCAAGCAUUAAGACCUGGCAGAGAGACGCAUCCAAAGUGCUCUCUGCCAUCAGGUCUAAAUAUGAAAUUAAGGUGUUUGAAGUGUAUUCGCCAGUGUGGGACAUCAUAGGGCAUGAGUUAACAGAUGACAGGGUUUUGAUUGAGUUUGACAAGGAUAGUCUCACCAUAGCAGGAAAAUCAGAAGAUGUCCAAGACAUCAGUCAGAAAAUCAAGGAAUUAAUAGACAGCACCACGGAAAAGGUCAGAAAGGAGGAGCAGAGUGUGAAGGAGAAAGUGGCCAUUUCUCUGGGGAAACAUUUUCUUUUGGAACACAGUGGCUUUCUGAAGAAUCUAAGCAAAGAGUACCCAGAGAUGGAGAUACAUUACGAUGCUGCCACUCAGCACCUGUGCUUUAAGGGAUUCCGUGUAGAUGUGUAUAAAGUAAAGUGUGACAUCCAGGAAAAGGUGUAUUCCAUGUCUCAGAAAGACAUCCGGGUUCCUUCUGAAAUCUUCAUGUUCCUGCAGCAAGUAGACAGUCAGGAGUUCUCCAAGACUCUUUUUGAGGCACAGAAGAUUCUCGCCACAUAUGAGCUGAAGGACAGAACUCUUCUCCUGACAGCCUGUUCUUUCAGAGCCCUGGAAGAAGCAGAGAAGCAAAUUCUCGAUGCCUUAAGUUAUAAGCUCAUUGAAGUUGAAGACAAGGAAGUUCUUAGAGGUAAUGUGUGGAAAAAGAAAAUUCACCCUCUGCAAAAGAGAUACAUCUCCACCGCAACCAUUAUAAUAAGGAACGAACUAACUUCAGGAAUGCCGGCUGAGGUCAUCGUUGCGGGCUGUGUGAGAGAAGUAAAUGAAAUCUAUAGCCAGCUUUUUGUGUUCUUGGAAAACAACAUGAAAAUUGAAAGACUGGUUGAAAUAGAAUCACCCUUGAUUAUUGAGUAUGUAAAGACAGACAGGAAGCUAUUCUGGCCCAAAAUAAGGAAGGCAAAUGUGCAGGCAAGUUUUAAGCUGGAGGAAGAAUCAAAAGGCAUUUUACUAACUGGCUCUAAAAGCAAAGUUCUGGAGUGUGUGAACAUGGUCAAGCAAAUCCAGGAUUCAGCCUGCAUUCAAAGAUUCCAGAUCGAUAAGCCUGGUGCCAGGCACUUCUUCCAAGACAAAGCAUCGUAUUACAAAACUGAGAUCAGACGCCUGUAUGGAUGCGUCAUUGAACUCCAGGAGGGUGGAGAUGAGGAGAAAGGCAGCCUUAAGGAGCAGAAGUGCCACUUACAGAAGGACAUAGCCCCUGGAGUCACGCUGAUAGUACAGCAGGGAGACCUGGCUCAGUUUCCUGCCGAUGUGGUAGUGAAUGCAGCAAAUGAGAAUCUGAAACACAUUAAUGGUCUCGCGAAAGCUCUCUCAAAUGCAGCUGGCCCUGAACUUCAAGCAGAAUGUGACAGAAUAGUACAAAAUAGCGGCAUGGUCUUUACUGGCAAUGCCGUUAUCUCAAAAUCAGGCAAGCUCCCUUGCCGUCAUGUCAUCCAUGCAGUAGGACCUAGGUGGAAGGGAGAUAAGGCCCGGGAGUGUGUGAGUCUGUUAAAAAAAGCUGUGGAUCGAAGUCUCACUUUAGCUGAGGAGUACAAGUGUCAAUCCAUAGCCAUGCCAGCCAUCAGCUCUGGAAUCUUUGACUUUCCCUUAGACCAGUGUGUGACAACUAUUGUUUCAGCCAUCAAAGACAACUUCCAACGUAAACCACUCAGACGCACCUUGAAAAAGAUUUAUCUGGUGGACAUAUCUGCAAAGGUUACUGGGGCCUUUGCUGAAGCUGUAGAAACUGCAUAUAAGGCCACCCUCUCCCGCACUGCUUCCUCACCCAAUUUAGGAGCCUUAGAAUUGGUACCACCUGGGAAAAUGCCACAGGGAGAGGGCUGUCUGCUGGUGUCACCAGAAGGCCUGAGAAUCCAGCUGGUGGAGGAAGGUGUGCAGCACGCAAAGACCGAUGUUGUUGUCACCUCCAUUCCCUUGGAUCUUGCACUCAACAAAGGACCCCUUUCUCAGGCCUUAUUGGAAAGAGCUGGACCUCAACUCCAGGAAGAAUUGAAUGAAGCAGGACAAGGGGUCACUGUUGGGGUGGGCACAAUUCUACAAACCAGCGGCUAUAAUCUGAACUGCCGCCAUGUACUUCAUGUGGUGGUUCCACAGUGGAAAGUCAACAACAGUGCAUGGUCACUGAAGGUCAUGAAGAACAUCAUCAGAGACUGUCUGAGGAUUGCCGAGGAGCAGUCUCUGCAAUCAAUUGGAUUUCCAGCAAUAGGAACAGGAAAUCUGGGGUUUCCUAAACCUGAAUUUGCUAAAUUAAUCAUUUCAGAAGUGCUCAAAUUUAGUAGCAGAAACCUGAAAUCUUUACAGGAAGUUCAGUUUCUGCUGCACCCGAAAGACCAAGAAAACAUUAAGGUAUUUUCAGAUGAAUUUGACAGAAGGAGUAAUGGAAACCCUAGUGACAAAAGUCCCAAGGCUGAAGACUCACAAGGCUAUUAUGGCAGUCUUUCCAGCCCUACUUUAGGAGUUCACGAAAUGAAUAUUGGCCCGAUCCUCUUCCAAGUAGCCACAGGGGACAUCACCAAAGAAGUGGCAGAUGUGAUUGUCAAUUCAACAUCAAACACAUUUACUCUGAAAUCAGGAGUGUCCAAAGCAAUAUUGGAAGGUGCGGGACAAAAUGUGGAGGCAGAGUGUUCUGUCUUAGCUCAACAGAACAAGGAGUACAUAGUUACUGAAGGUGGAUUACUGAAAUGCAAGAGUAUUAUUCAUGUUGUUGGUGGGAAUGAUGUCAAGAGAUCAGUUUCCUGUGUGUUGGAAGAAAGUGAACAGCGGAACUACGAGUCCAUUUGCCUACCAGCCAUUGGCACAGGAAGUGCUCAACAGGACCCAGAUGCAGUUGCUAAGGCCAUAAUGGAUGCCAUUGAAGAAUUUAUCCAGAAAAAAUCACUGCAUUCUGUGAGGAAAGUGAAAGUUGUCAUCUUCCAGCCCCAUAUUCUGAAAAUUUUUUAUGACAACAUGAAAGACAGAGAAGGCUCCCCACCUCCUCCCCAGCCGUCUAUGCUGUCUAAGAUCGCCUCCUUUCUUGGCUUUACAAAGCAUGCUCCCCCCAAACAGAACACCCUGUUUUUGGAGAAGAAAAUAGAGCAGACAGCUUUCCAGGUAUGUGGUGCAGAUGCAGAUAGCGUGGAACGCACGAUCUCCUGGAUACAGAAUCUGAUCACUGAUGAGCAGUUAUCCUAUACCAGUCGUGAUGAAUGUAUCCGGGACUUUGAUGAGAGCGAGUACAAGAAACUGAGUGAGCUACAGGAGGGACUGAAUAUCACCAUAGACUUGGACCAGAAGGCACCUUUGCUUAAAGUUGAAGGAAUUAGCAGAGAUGUGGUACGAGCUAGAGAUGAGAUUGAAGACCUGAUCAAGAGCAUUCGAUUGACUAAAGAAAAGGAGAGCCAUGCAGACUAUGUCCUCACAUUUGUGGAAUGGCAAUACGUUGACAACAACGUCACCUACCGUUUUGACAAGAUAGCUAACAUGCAGUUGGAGGACGCACGGAAGGCAAAGCACAAGAGCACUGUUGUCAGAGUUAAUAAUCAGAAGUUCACAGUGAACCUGAGCACAAACACGGCUACAGGCCCUCAAGGACAGAGUCUCACUGUUCAGCGCAUCUUAAAAACUGAAGCUGAAAUCCCUGCAAAUUGGAGUGACAUGAAGCAGAAGAAAUUGCUUGUGGUCAGUCUGCAACCCAGUGAUCCUGAAUACAACAUGGUGGCAAGCAAGUUCAACCAGACCUGCACAAACUUUACCAUAGAGAAGAUCGAAAGGAUCCAGAAUCCAUCUCUCUGGAGGAAGUACCAGGCAAACAAAAAAAUUAUGGAUGAAAAGAAUGGCCAUGAAAGAAAUGAGAGCCAGCUCUUCCACGGGACGGAGGCUAGCUCUAUCCUACACCUCAACAGCAACGGGUUUAACCGCAGCUACGCUGGGAAGAACGCUGUGUGCUAUGGGAAGGGAACCUAUUUUGCUGUCAAUGCUUCCUAUUCUGCCAAUGACGUAUACUCCAAACCAGAUGCCAAUGGGAAAAAGCAUAUGUAUUAUGUGCGGGUUCUCACUGGGAACUACACAAAUGGAAACUCGUCACUGAUUGUGCCUCCUUCAAGGGACCCUUAUAAUCCUACUGACUUGUAUGACACUGUUGUAGAUAAUGAUCAAAAUCCAAGUAUAUUUGUAGUGUUUUAUGACAAUCAAGCAUAUCCAGAGUAUCUUAUCACGUUUAGGCGGUGAUACUUCAGGGCACCUUCCAAGAGAAAUUCAAAUUCAUGUCUCUGCUGUAAGACAAAUUUUAGCUGUUUUCCUCCUUAAGCUUUCUGUAAGAGCCCAACAAGGUCUUUCAUGGACAUGCCAUGGACAUGUUUCCUCAGCUGCUCCUCCAUGGUGGAAAUGAAUCUACUAGAGAGCCAGUCAACCUGAGAAUUUCAGUCUGAUAACAGCUGUAGCCAUGUUAUCCCAAAUGUGACAGUAGCACCCUCACGGACUUUCAGGAAGUCACACAAGCCCAGCUGCCACCAGUGGAAUCAUGUCAGAGUGCAAUGGUGCCGUCGGGACGCACAGUGUCACUGACCAGUAAGGCUGCUAACUGCCAACUGAACAGAUUCCACAGCAGAGAGCCUCUUUCUUCACCAACAGCCCUGUGCCACGUGGCUUGGACAGCUCCAGCCAGGGCUAUGUACAAACUGGGUGCUGGGAUGUGGCUCAUGGUCUCUGUAAACUGAGCCUCAAGGAGGGGUACAGCUCAGAAUCCCUGGCCCCAAUUGCCAGAGGCCCUUUCUAAUGUUAACCCAAUGUUCCGGCUACCUAGCGAAGUCAAUGGUGUGACGUCUGUUACAUCUCCAGGGGAAACCCUUCACCAUGUGAAAAUGGGUGAACUCUAAGAUAUCUGCUAGUGUGUUUUCCAUAGCAGGCCAGUUUGUGAUUAUUUCAAAGCUUUAUGUGUAAGCCAACUAACUAGUCAGAUUGCUAACUUAGUAACUCAGUGUCUACUGGGUGGUAAUUCUUCCUUGUGGUACUGCGGGCUGAACUCAGGGCCUCAUGCUUGCCAAGUGAGCACUCUAAAACAGCUACACAUCCCAGCCCUCUUUACUUUCUAUUUGGAGGCAGGCUGUGGUUUAGUUGCCCAGGCUGGCUCUGAUAGCCCUCCUUAGCCUUGGCAGGCCUUGAAUCACUCUCUUCCUGCUUGUCACUCGUCAGAGGCCUGUGCUACCAGACCUGGCUUAAGUUCUUUUACUUUUCUCCUGUAAAUUGCAGCCUCAAUGCCAUUUGUUGAGUGCCUAGACCUUGCCUGGCAGAGUGAGAGAUGAGCUCACAUACAUGAUUUUCUUCCCAUUAAUAGUGCUAUGGGAAAUUUUUUCUGUAUUUCAAGGCUAAGGGAACAUGUUUAGAGUACAAGAAACGCCCUUGUCUGAGGUCAUGGAGGCAGGGACUCUCAGAGCCAGCUGAGUCUUGGUGUUGGUGUGGAGUCUUUCGCUAUUCCCACCAUAGAACCUGGCCCUGAGAUGAGCGAGUGCUGUUUCAGCCAUCAUUCAGUGACUUCACACAGUGACUAUCAGUGGGUGGCCAUUACUCAGUGUUCUUCACAUAGUGGUCAUUACACAGUGGCCUUCACGAAGUGACCAUCACAUAGUGUCUGUCACACAAUGUCUAUCAUCACUCAGUGGCUAGUAUCUCAGGUGAUCUGUGAGGCGGCUCCAGAUUUCCCCAGCUUUUUUCUUUCUGGAUUUUGUGUCUACUCUACUCCUUAUUAGGAGUUCUAUAGGCCAAGGAGCUAGUGCUGUGUGACAUCCUCAGGUGGUACACUCCUGGGUGUUGGGAGGGUUAAGUCGCUGGUUCCCACCAUGGGGAUCACAAUGAGCUUCAAGUAGAGCAGGGGUCACCACUGCUGUCCCAACGACACAGAGGCCUUGGAACCUAUGCUGCUGUUUCUAAACGGACUGGCACAGACUGGCUUAGGAGGGACUGGCUUCCCCUGCACUGGCUUCUGGACUCAGUACUGACAACAGUCUAAGGAAAUGCAAUAAAAGUGAGAGGCCUGUGUGCA